AGGCUGCAGAGGAAUCCACAGAAACAGGAAACCGGGCUUCCUCCAUCAGUUCUGAAACAUUAAAACCUGUUUCCGUUCCACAAAAAUAAAGCCCGCCAGGGCAUCCUCUGGGUAGGCUCACUGUGUGAGCUGCAGCUCAAGAGGAGGCAGAAGCCACAGGAUUUCUUGCUUGAGAAAUAAUUGUGAGAUACCUUGUAGUGCUUACAAACCAGCAGUAUGAAGGAGACAAUCUUCUUGCUGCUCCUAUUGCAUUUGCAGAGUGGCAGUGCUGGAUUUAAUACUCCGGGAAAGCUCUGGACCACAGGCCAGGUUGGUGAAACCCAGACAAGUGACUCAACUCCAUCUCUGACUACAAUUGCAGGGUCACCCCAUCCUGAGAUCCAGGCUGCCCAAGUGAAUGUCUCGCAGGGACCUGCUUUCGCAUCCUCAGGCAAUACUACGGGAAUGAAAGCGGUGAAAAAACCCUCCGAUCCUACCACCUCUACCCCUGCAAGCCGGACAAACGGACACAGCAGUGGUGGAUCUGACAAAGAUAAGAUGGGAAGCUUGUGGAGCAGUGAAGGGACAUCUCUAGAGAGCGAUGCCAGACAGGUCCUGCUCCAGCAAGAUGCCACCACAAGGCAGGAUCCAACUACGGGGAACAGGUCUCCCAAGGAAUCAUCCCUCAGCACUGGGACCACCAGCACCCAGCAGGAUGCCACCUCCAAACCAUCCGGCUUUGAAACUACCAGAGGAAAGAACUGGUGUGCCUAUGUCCACACCAGACUCCUGCCCACGGUGGUGGUGGACAACCUGGAAACCUUCUCCUCAGCCAGAGCAAAGCCUUGCACGUGGCAGCUUGGAUCCUGUGCCCAGAGGUCCCAGACAAGCACGCAGCAAGCAUACAGAAUCAAACACAAAAUAGUGACACGGCUGGAGUGGAGGUGCUGUCCUGGAUACAGCGGGCAGAGCUGCCAGCCCAGAGCUCAAGAACAAAGGUCACUUAUGCACAGCAACCAGGCUGAAAGCAGCACAACUGUGGGUGAGAGGACACCGGGAGCUGCUCAGGACCCCGGUGAGCCAGCACUUACACAAAAACUGAACGAGAAGAUUAGCAGCCAGGAGAUGAAACUGGCUUUCCUACAGAAGAAGGUUGACAACAUUGCGGCUGCGAUGAAUGAUGUGAGCAAGAUGCUUUCGUCUCUGGAAGGCAAAAUCAAUGAAGAUAAGGGCAGAGACUUCCAGUCUUUCCUAAAAGGUCUCAAAUCCAGAAGUAUUAAUGAAUUAAUCAAAGGCAUUGUCAGGGAACACUUUAAAGUAUUUCAAGAUGAAAUGCAAGAGAACAUGGCUCAGAUUUUUAAGACUGUGUCUAGUUUGUCAGAGGAUCUUGAAAAUACAAAAGAAUCCAUCAAGCAUCUGAAUGAAACCCAACAAAAAUUUGCUCAGGAGAUAGACAGUGGGCCAACAAAACUUGACAUUCUGGAGUUGAAGAGCCAUAUGGUACAGAUGAAAGAGGAAAUGACCCUCACUUGUGACAAGCCUAUGAAAGCUUUACAGGAAAAACAGAGAUCCUUGGAAGAUAACUUGCAGCAUCAACAGUCAAGAAGUGUCAUUUAUUAUGAAUCUUUAAACAGGACUCUCACUGAAAUGAAAGAUGCUCACGAACAACUGUUAGCAGCUGAACGGUCUUCAAGCCAGGACAUCCCUUCAGCAGAUAAAGUCACCGAGUCCAAUGUUACAGAGUACAUGGUCACACUGCAUGAGACAGUAAAGAAACACGGCAUGAUGGUGCUGCAGAUCUAUGAUGACUUAAGAGUCCAAGACAGCAAGAUCAGCAAUCUCAGCAUUGCACUGGAAAUUCAGAGAGACUCUGUUCUGGGAGUCUGCGAUGACAUGUUGUCAGAGAACAGAAGGGACUUCCAAACUCAGCUGGCAGCAACCCAGGAGAACAUGCUUGUCCUAAACAAAAGUGUCUCUGACCUGCUCCUUCCAUUGGACAACAAGGUGGACAAAAUGAAUGAACAAAUUAACGAUUUGUGCUAUGACAUGGAGAUCCUGCAACCCCUGAUUGAACAAGGGAUACCUUUUAGUUUGACUUCAGAAUAUGAACAGCAAAUCAAAGCUGAAGAAAUCAACGAGAAGCUUGAAAACCUCACUACUUCCAUUAACAGAAUGAGUUCUGUAAUUGAGGAACUUUCCAAAACUCAGGAAGGACUUAAAAAUGAAUCUCAGGCUUAUCAGGAGCUGUUUGAGAGCCGUGUUAAUGAAUGCUCCAUGGAAAUAGAGGAUGGAUUAAACAAGACCAUGAUAGUACUAAACAGCGCUAUUGAUUCUAUUCGAGAUAACUACGUACUGAAAGAUAUGCUGCAUGUUCUAAGAAAUGAAACUGAAGUCUGCUGUGGCGGAGCUGAGAAACUGGGCAGCCUCCUGGCUUUCAUUCCCCAGUUCCAACAGCUGAAUGAAUCCCUCCAGAUGCUGGUCCUUAGGAACAAGCAUGAAUUAACUUCACAAGUAGUGCCAUCCCUUUCUGAUCUUCCAUAUGAUGAGUCUGACAAAAUUAUCCUUCACAAUUUCAGAAGACUUUUCUCUAUUUUAAAUGAUACAUCGUUGAAAGUGGACAAUCAACAACAAGAUAUUGGCCGCCUGGAAGAAAAACUAUUGGACUCUCUGGAGGAAGCCAAGGACCAUGAGGUUCGUCUUCUGAACGUGGAGUCAAAAAUCUCUAAGUUUUUGGCAAACAACUGUGUCUCACUGAAGAAAAACAAAGCUGCCUCGACAGAGAAAGAACAAAUGGUCUCACUUCAGCUCCAGACGCUGAGUUCCAGGAUCAAGGCCCUGGAAGCCAAGUCGAUCCGUUUCUCAAACACCAUUCCAGUUGUGAACAAGACGGCUCACGAGGCCUGGGGGCUGUGUCAGGAAACCAACAGCAGCAUCCAAAAAGUGAACGCCAGUAUACCUGUGCUAAUUAAACUUGCUCAGCCAGAUAUCCCCCUGCUGCAGAGAGGCCUCCAAGAGCUUGUUGAAUCUGUGCUUGAAAUAAAAGCAGGAACUAUCUUGACAAAUUUAACCCAGCACGUUGACAUAUCGGUGGCAAGUGCAAUGAAUAACAUCACCAAAUCUCAGAAGCAAGUGAAACCAGUUUUAAAGAAAUCAGCCCCAGUGAAAAAAGGAGCAGCAAAUGUCACCGUGAGCCUGGCAAGCCGAAGUCAGAGAAACGUGGAUAAUACUAUAGAUUCAGAGCAAUACUCAGCUUGUGUCAGUGCCCCAUGCCAGAAUGGAGGAACCUGCAUCAACGACAGAGAGGGCUUCAUUUGCGCUUGUCGCCACCCUUUCGGAGGAGUCAACUGCAGUACAAAGCUGACGAACGACAACUCUCUGAGUAUUGAUUUUUCAAGAGGAUCAUACAGAUAUGCACCAAUGGUGGCUUUUUUUGCCUCUCAUACGUAUGGAAUGACAACUCCAGGAACCAUCAAAUUUAAUAAUCUAGACGUCAACUACGGAGCUUCAUUUGCCCCAGCAACCGGGAAGUUCCACGUUCCGUAUCUGGGGGUCUAUGUUUUUGAAUAUACCAUUGAAUCGUUUAGUCCACGUGCCUCAGGCUAUCUGGUCGUUGAUGGAGUAGACAAACUCACUUUCCAGGCUGAGAAUAUUAAUAGUAACAAGUACACUGACAGAGUAAUUGCUGGAAAUGCGUUAUUAGAGUUAAAUUAUGGUCAGGAAGUCUGGCUCAGACUGGCAACUGGCUCCAUACCAGCCAAGUAUCCACCAGUAACUACAUUUAGUGGUUACUUGUUGUAUCGUACCUAAGCCAGUCCUAAAUGUAGUAAACAGUAGUAAAUAUAGUAAACAGCAACCUGCAUGUGAAUUUGUCUUCGCUUUUAAACACUUCAUUUCUUUAGCAGCAUUAAGUUUCUCAGAGUAACGAGCGUGGUGGCAUUUGAAGUUAUGGUUCUCCAAGAAGUUGCUUGGUUGUAGGCGAGUAGACAACUGCCAAGAGAGCCCCCAGGCUUGGAAUGGGGGAAAAAGAAGCAUCUUCUCUCUAUAAGCAUGACUGGAAGCAUGAAGCUGAUGAUGUUCUACAUUUAUUGCAUGAACAUACUUAGAAAAGGUAGCUGAGAAUCAGUUCUCAAGAUAAAUCAGAGCUGGUGUUGAUCAUUCCUUUCUAACUCGCAUACACACCAAAGGUGAUGGAUAGAUUUUGAUGAGGCAGAUGCUGGGUCUUAUUCUAUCAAGCGGUAAUCAUGUAUGUAUUCUGUCUGGAAGAAAAUACAUUUCUUUUUGGCUUUACUUGAUGUUAUCCACCACACGCCUUUAUAUGUCAGUGUUUAAUUGAUUCAUGAUUUUUUAUGUAACCAGUACGAUAACAUACUGGGUUUUUAUUUAGAAAAAAAACAAGAGGAACUAUUUAGAACCUGCAUGUUGAUAUAUUCAGAUUAGAAAUAACAUGCUGAAUUUUAGCAGUCAUGGCAAAAACAUUAUAAUGGAUUUGGUGGAGUUGAAUAUGUUGAAGCAACAUCUCCUUAGGUGUGAUAUGUUUUUUGAGCAAACGUGGUUGCUCAGGGACAGGAGUUGGACUUGAUGACCCUUGUGGGUCCCUUCCAACUCAGGACAUUGAUUCUGUGGUUAUAUUGGCUUCACAUUGAUUUUAGCAUGUGAAGUUUUGCUUAAAUAGUACACAAGUUUAUAUGGUAAUUCUAGUAGUCCUUUCUAAGGUUGAGCUCUAGAACUCUAUGAUCUGGUUUAUUUCUGCAUUAUAUUCACUACCUAGCGAGGCAAGAUGAAAUGAACUUCAGUCUGUAUAAACCAGAAUACGAUUUCCAAGCACCGAUCCAAUUUUUUUAAAAAGUAUUUUUAGUUCAUGUUAUGACUGCCUGAAAAAUAUAAACCUCAGGUUUACAUCCUUAUUGGUUGCAAAGUGCUGGGUUGCUGCAGUUUCUUGCUGUUUCAUCAGCUGGUGCAACUGGCCAGCUUUGUUUCUGGUUAUUAUUUCUGUUAACACUAAUUGAUCAGGUUUUACGGCUCUGUGUGUUUGUCUCCUUCCCUGUCCUUAUCCUCCCAGCUGAAAAAAUAAACAUCUUCACCAAUUAAUGCCA